AUGUUUUCUAAGCUUACUGCUAAUGCAACAAUGAAUGAGUUAAUGACAUAUUCGAAAGCGGGACAAAUUGUUCAAGAAGUGUUUAGUUCACUGAGAACUGUUCUCUCGCUCAAUGCUUGCAAUCGCAUUGCUCCUUUUUUUCAAUCGUUUUCAGAAGCUCGAGGUGCAGCAGCAGCGGUCUUUCGACUUAUUGAUGAGGGAAAUGACGCAAGUAUCAAUGAAGCAGAUGUAUGGAAAGAUGAUACAGAAUCAAUUCAUAAUAUCAAUGGCGAUAUUGAAUUUGAUAAUGUCAACUUUAUUUAUCCAUCUCGAAAAGAAGCGCCAGUUCUGCGAAAUCUCUCUCUUAUUGCUCGUGCUGGUCAAACAACAGCUCUUGUAGGUUCAAGUGGCUGUGGAAAAAGUACAUGUAUCUCACUGUUUCUUCGUUACUAUGAACCGUCAUCGGGUCGAAUAACGAUCGAUGGUCGACCGAUAACAGACUACAAUGUCAAACAACUUCGAGAAAACAUUGGAAUUAUAUUGUUUGAUAUGAGUAUUUAUGAGAAUAUUCGUUUUGGUAAAGUAAAUGCAACACGAGAAGAAAUCGAGCAAGCAGCACGAGAAGCUAAUGCACAUCAUUUCAUCAUGCAAUUACCAAAUAAAUAUGAAACACUUGUUGGUGAACGUGGUAUACAGUUGAGUGGUGGUGAAAAACAACGUAUUGCAUUAGCUCGUGCUCUUGUUAAACAGCCUACAUUUCUUUUACUGGAUGAAGCAACAAGUGCACUUGAUAAUGUUAGCGAAAAAAUUGUUCAAGAAGCACUUGAUCGAGCAUGCAAUGGUCGUACAACUAUUGUAAUUGCUCAUCGUUUGACUACAAUUCAAAAUGCUCAUCAAAUAUAUGUAUUAGAUAAAGGAAGUGUAAUUGAACAAGGUACACAUGAAACAUUGAUGGCAAAAGAAGGAGGAAAAUAUCAAGCAAUAGUCAAACGUCAACAAAUGGAAGGAAUCUAUGAUAAUGAAGAUGACAUGAUGAGCAUGCAAAAAGCAACAGAAGAAGAUGAACAGUCGAUACGUAUAUUAAUAUUCUUAUAG